AUAUUCACCUAAACCAGCCACUGUGCCCUGAUGCAUGAGCUCCAAGGAGAAAACGUUGCACACUACAUAUAAAUUAUCACGUUAUAUUUGAAGAGGACCAAGAAUUUCCAAAACUGAAAUAAUUUUAAUGGUGCUUUCUUGUUCAAACAAACCUUAAAAGCCAACAUUGGGGUUUCUGUUCUGGCCUCUUCUUUCAGAAAGAUAUAGUUUAAACUGACAGGAAUUCAGAGGAGACUAAUACAAUGAUUAAGGAUCUGGAGGGAUUGUUCUAUGAAUAAAGAUUAAAAUAGUUUACACAGGUAUGGAUUGGCUAAAUAAUUAUAUCAGAUGGGGUGGACCUGGACAUAUCAGUCUAUAAGUAUCUUGAAGAUGUGAACACCAAGGAAAAAAAGUAAAUUGUUCAGAGUGGCACAAAGGAGUGGAACAGGGCAUAGUGUGACUAAAUUUAAGCAAAGGAAAAUUUAGACAGAAUAUUUGGAAAAACCUUCCUAACAGAAAGAUGUAUUUGAUUAUGGAAAAGUCUCCGAAGAUAAAUUGUGGAAAGAUCAUUGAGACUGUUAAAACUAGACAUACAGAGGACUGAAAAACAAAAUGUAUGGAACAAUCCUACGCUACAAAGGAGGGAUGGGCUACAUGACCUAAUUGGGUCUCUUCUGUGUCUAACUACUGGGACAAUAGUGUGGCUUAAACAGCUCAAAAUCCUCUUGGAGUUGAUGUCACCUGACUCACAUAGAGGAUGGACCAGUCCAGCAGCCUACAAUGGUGUAAUCAAAUCACAGGAAAGAAUUGAUUAUAUUUUAUAAAUUGUGUUGUGCAUGUUCCCCCAGUUCUUACAACAAAUUUGUCUUUAAGAUUAAUUUACAUUUCCUGCUUCAUAUAUAGGAUUUAUUUUAAUUAUUUCUAUGUUUAUCCCAUUUAAUUUUUAUUAUUUGUAUUGUGUACCAUCCAAAAACUGCAUUCAGGAUCAGGGUCUCGCUUUGCUAGGUGCUUUACAAAUACAGGACUCCAACCUGUAAGUAGUUUAUUUCCCCAGUCCUGUAGACACGACUGAGGAAGUAAAUGGGGACUCCACAUGUGGUCUCUGGGUAUAUAAAUAUGAGAAGCAGUAGGGUCCUGUAUCCAGUUCUGGUGUCUACAUUUUAAAAAGGAUCUGAAAAAUAGAGGGUGCAGAAAAGAGCCAUACAAAUUAUUUGGGGGCUGGGUUUUAAAGUGAGACACUUUUUGUAUAGUCUUUUUUAAUGAGUUUUUAGGUCUUGACCCGUCUUAGUAUUUGUCUUGCCAUUUUCUACUUUUAUAUUUAAUCUUAUCCUUAUCUAGCUAUUUGAAGUAUACCCUUUUUAAUGUAACCCUUGUCUUUUACUAUUGCAUAUUUUACCCCAGUCUUUUCUAUUUUUAAAUUUGUUUUGAACUCUUGCCUGUUUUCAAGGUGGAUGACAGAUGAAUGAUGGAAAGUUUGUUGCUGCUGAAGGUGUUUGAAUUGCUGCUGAACUUGAUAGAAUGCAAGUUCAAGUGGUUGCUAAUGUGAGACGACAACAUGCCAUUUUGAAGUAUGACAGAAGUCCUGAUGCUGCAGCAGAGGCUAGGAAUAUUAAUGGCCAAAUCUAGAGAUUACAUGGUCUUCUAAAGAAGCCAUGGGUAGCUGUUGUAGCUGUCCAGAUAAAGAGACUGUCCCAGACAACCAUCGAAACAAGUUUAAGGUCAUUAACGUAGAUGAUGAUGGUAAUGAACUGGGUUCUGGCGUAAUGGAACUUACAGAUACAGAACUAAUUUUAUACACCCGUAAACGGGAUUCCGUAAAAUGGCACUACCUCUGUCUCCGUCGCUACGGCUAUGAUUCAAAUCUCUUUUCUUUUGAAAGUGGUCGAAGAUGUCAAACUGGACAAGGAAUCUUUGCCUUUAAGUGUGCUCGUGCAGAAGAAUUAUUUAAUAUGCUACAAGAGAUCAUGCAGAACAAUAGCAUAAAUGUGGUAGAAGAACCAGUAGUAGAAAGGAAUCAUCAUCAAACUGAGUUGGAAGUUCCAAGAACCCCUCGAACACCCACCACUCCUGGGUUCAGUGCACAAAGUUUACCUAAUGGGUAUCCCAGAUAUCCCUCCUUUGGAGAUGCUUCAUCACAUCCUUCCAGCAGACAUCCCUCUGUAGGAAGUGCACGGCUUCCGUCAGUAGGUGAAGAGUCAACGCAUCCAUUGCUUGUAGCAGAGGAACAAGUGCACACCUAUGUCAACACUACUGGUGUACAAGAAGAAAGAAAAAAUAGAUCAAGUGUGCAUGUACCGCUGGAAUUAAGGCUUUCUAAUGUUGAAACAAGCAAGACAACAGAAGAUCAGAAUUGCACUGAUGACAGAGAUGCUCAGGUCCUUCUGGAGCCUGAAGGAGUCAAAUUUGUUUUAGGACCAACACCUGUUCAAAGACAAUUAAUGGAAAGAGAGCAACUGGAGCAACUUGGGAGAGACCAAGUUAGUGGCAGCAGUACAAACAACUCUGAAUGGGACACUGGGUACGACAGUGAUGAACGUAAAGAAACACCUUGUGGUAAUAAACUAAUGUAUGAAAAUCUAAAUAGAUUAUCAAUCCCUAGUGCCUCAGGAGUCAGGAGAGGUCGUCUGACAUCAACAUGUACCUCAGAUACCCAGAAUAUUAACAACUCUGCUCAAAGGAGAAUUGCAUUGUUAAACUAUGAAAACUUGCCAUCUUUGCCUCCUGUUUGGGAAGCCCGCAAGCUAAGUAGAGAUGAAGAUGACAAUUUAGGACCAAAGACCCCGUCUCUGAAUGGCUACCACAAUAACCUAGAUCCAAUGCAUAAUUACGUAAAUACAGAGAAUGUAACUGUGCCAGCAAGUGCUCAUAAAAUAGAAUUUACACGACGUCGGGACUGUACACCAACAGUCUUUAACUUUGAUAUUAGACGUCCAAGUUUAGAACACAGGCAGCUCAAUUAUAUACAGGUUGACUUGGAAGGUGGCAGUGACUCCGACAACCCUCAGACUCCAAAAACUCCUACCACUCCACUUCCACAAACUCCAACCAGGCGCACAGAGCUGUAUGCUGUGAUAGACAUUGAAAGAACUGCUGCUAUGUCAAGUUUGCAGAAAGCACUGCCACGAGAUGAUGGUACGUCUAGAAAAACUAGACAUAACAGUACUGACCUGCCUAUGUGAAACCGGGAAGCAUUAAAUCAUUUGCACCUUUUGUGAAGUUUAUAAAAUUGAAGAUGCAAAUACUUCAUUUGCAUUUCUUAACAAUAACGCUUUUUAUAGAGUAAUAGACUUUUUUCUGAAUACUUCAUGUGCUUGUCUAACAAAAGGGAAAUUUAGAGCAGGUACUCAUUAAAUGACACCAUUUUAUUCUACAGUAAUAGUAAUUGUUGUGUAGAAGCAUUGCCACUUUUCACAGUGCCUCUUUACUUGGUUAGAGUUGGAGUGACUGCCAGUUCUGAAGUUAUCAAUAUUCUGGCCAUGUGCCUAUAGUCAUUGUUUUAACAUUUUAUAAAGCCUCUUGAUGUGCGUUAUUAGCUGAUAGCCCUAAUCUUGCAAGGUUGAUAUUUGUACCUUCACUCUCCAUUAAUGUGGCCGCCUCCAAUAUGAGAGGUGUGAGUAAUUCAUUAUUCAAUCAGUUUGACUUACAUGGUACAUAUUGGCUCAUGUGAAGGGAUAUAAAUGCCAUGCUUCCUUGUAUAUGUCAGUUCAUUUUUUGAAGUCAUUUGGACAAGCUUCAGAUUCUUGAAGGUUUUUUAAAUUUCUCUAACAUUGAGGGGUUACAUCAAGUUCCCUUGGUCAGAGAUAGAGUUGGGUCUGAAAUAAGCCAUAAGUCAUUUCCACUAGAAAAGAUAUUUCCAAGUGGUAGUAUCAAGCUUCCUGAACAGUUUUACAGAAUUUUAAUCUGAGUUUUCUGAAGGAAUACAAAGGUUGAAUAUAUCUGUGAUUUUUAAGGUGUUCUUUAAUUUCACAGUUCUGCUCACCUUUCCAUCUUCAUGUGUGGGAUGUCUUUUGACCUGUUCUGGAUUGUCUGUAGCUUAAGAACAGUUAAGUUUUUGUGUAUAACUUCAAUGAUUGUUUAGGGUUUUUAUGUGUGUUGCUCCUAUUCAGUCUGCACAUUGUCAAAGAAAAAUCUCUUGAAUGUCCAGUGGGAACUUUUUUUACUUAACAGAGUUGCCUUUGUCCAGUGUUUUGCUUUUUUAUGGGAUCUAACAGAAAGACCACAAAAAAGUGUUAGUGUCCAGCAGCAUACAGCAGCACCAAGUGGAGGAAGGUGUAUUAUGCAUUUUUUGUCUUUCUCUAAGCAUCGAUAAGGUUACCAUGAAGCAAGGUACAGCAGGUGGAGUCAGUGUAUACAAAUCUUAAAUUCUAAACCGUGUGUAUUCAGUGUUAGUGUACUUGAAAGUAGGUUAAGUGAACAUGUAGUUACUUACAAUUAGUAGAGAUUUUGUGAAGGUAAUAUCUAGGGGCAUAUAUUUUCCCUUUGCAGCAGGUAACUCCAUUACCUAAUGGCUUAACUGUCUGCUCGAUGUUAUGGUACAGGUAGAAGCAGCAGAAUCAUCUGCUGAACAUGCCGUAGGUCUGCCCUGACAGUCCCUUGUUCUAUACAGAAUAAAUAAUAUUUGAUAGCAGUACAGCAGGUGCAGCGCAGGACCAGAAAGAAAACAGAUUAAGCUUGAGCCUGUGAUUUCAAAGGAACUGACUGCUAUGUGAACUGGUGUGACGUAUAAUAAUCCUUGAGCUGUGGGUGAGAAAAAUCACGUGCAAGAAACCAUAGGGGAGGUCUGAAAAAAUGCUUAGGGUCCUCAUGUAAUAUUUGAGCUUUCGUGUAAAACAAAACACUAUUUCCAGUCCUUUGAAUUUUGUGGAGGGUGUUCCUGUUUCCCUAUUAAAUUUUCCUUUUGUCUUCAGCCAGAUAAAUAGUAGGAAGAGUGAUAGCUGAAAUACAUUUUUCCUGUUCACCCCAGUGAGAUAAUGGCAGCCUCAUUUAUAUAGGUCAGGCCUUUUUAUCCUGAAGGAUUUCCAGUGUUCUUUACAAACUUUAUAAUACUGAAAUGCAUCCAGGUGCACAAUCCGUACGCUUCACAGUAGUAAGGGAACAGGAGUCUUAGUUGGGACGUUGUAAGAAAACUUCACUGAGAUCAAAAAACUUUUCCAUAAUCAUUUCACUAUUAGUCUAUGCACUUGUAUACAUUUUUUUAUUUUUAUUUUUUAUUUAGGUGCUCAAAAAGGUGCGGGACUAGUAGCAUUUCACUAGAACUAGAGGUAGUGCAGAUGCAUGGUGCUAUAAGUGUCCCUUGCUCCGCCCUGACAUUGCACCUCUGUUGUGAUUUGCAACACACCAUGCAUAUACUAAUCCUGGGUCUAUCUUGAAGCGUGAUUGCCAAUUGUUGCAAACUGUGUGGUGGAUGUGUGAAGUGGGCUAGGAACUAGAAUCAGAUCAACAAACUCUCGCUAAUUUGUAAACUAAGACAAGAUUUCAGCACAUAUUUCAAGUAGUUAAAAGGCUAGAAUACUUAACUCAUCAGCUAGUUUAUCUAGAGACUUAUAUGGCUCUCAUCACCAUAAUCUGAGUGUCUCAAUCAUUAAUGGAUUUUAUCCUCAAACACCCCUGUAGAGUAAGGAAGUACUGUCCCCAAUUUACAGAUGGGGGGGAACUGCAGCACGGGUAAACUAUACAUGACUUGCUGAAGGUUACACAUUGAGCCAGGAAUUCAACCCCACUCUCCUGAGUUUUAGUCCAGUGCCCUUUCCACUAGAUCAUCCUUCCUAUCCAAGACCUACCACGGACCAUUCAGAAUAACAUUGUUGCCAACUCUUGCAAUUUUAUGAGUAUUGUAAUAUUUAGUGUUUUUCUUAAAGCCGUAGAUCCUGGAGUUGUGAAUACUGCAAAAUCUCACUUUUUCCUUUUCUCCCCUUACCCCCUCUUCCCCCCCAAAAUAAAGCUAAAUUUCUUGCCCUUGGGGAGAAAAGCUUGAAAAUGUGAUCCCUAAAGGAUCAAAAACCAGAAGGCAUCUAAAAAAGCCAAAUCCAAUCUCAUGAUUUUUCUCUCAUUGAUGAUUUUUGAAUGCUUGGUGUUGGUAAUACUUGUAUUUUGCAUUUGUCAUAUUAAAUCAUACUGCACCUAAAGGGAAGAGUACCUCUAACAUACAGAGUGCAUUUUAGCAUUAAAGAUGUUAAGCACAGUGUUUAGGUUCAGGCUGAUACCUCCCCCGACACAUUUUUCAAGAAUGUCCCUAAACCUCUUCCAUUUCCCUAAUCAGAUAAUGCCAUUGAUUCAGCAGGUAAGAGAUAGAAACUACUCAAUUCAUCUAUGGCAUUGUUUUUAUUUAAUUUUCCCAUGAAGUAGUUGCACUUUACCCUUGGAGACUUGGUUGUAUCUCAGUCUCUUUGUGAUGUUAGAUUCGCUAUCUGCAGAUCUGGGGUUCAAUUUUUAGCUGAAAUGUCUCAACUGUAUUUUUAAGCAUAUUUAUUUUGGACCCACAGGUGUACAGAGCAAGAUGCAACAAAUAUGUAACAGUUCAUUGAAAAAUAACUGGCAUAAUAUGUGAAGAUUACCUAACAAAUGCCCAGAAAAUUUUCUUUUAAUUCUGUUUAUCCACAAUGUUCAGCUGGCCCCUGCCUUUCAGGCACAUGACAUAUUCCACACUAUUAAUCCUCCAAUGUGUAAAGCCUUUAAGCUAGAAAUCACUCCCCCCACCCCCGAUGCCAUGAUUAGUAAAAGGAGCAGAGCAUUCGUAUAUUCUACUACCUUAAGUAGCUGCUCUAACCAAUUCUUAUUUGCAGUAUAUACAAUAAUCUGAGGAGGCCCCUUCCAAGACUCCAUUGUUAAUGUUGCAUUGAAAAUGCAGUUAAAGUGGGAAUGUAAUCCAUGGUUACACAACGAAAAACAAGUAUUUCCUUCCCAAAUUGAUACUGCAUACUUAAGAGGUGCAGAAUUCUAUUUUGUGAAAGUUUUUUUUAGUGAUUCUAUCAAAUGCAUUUUAAAAUGACCAGUUCUGAAAAAUUUGACUGGCUUUAUAAUGUUCUUUUGGUUUCUCCUCAGUGAAGUGUCUAAAUU